CAAACAAGGCAGCUCAACCUGUGUUAUUGUCAUGGUAAGUUCUACAGAAAAAAAUGGAGGGAAAGAGGGAAGAAAAGUGGUGGUGAGGAGGGGGAAAUAGGUUAAAAGAAAAUCCUUCGUUCCGUUAACAGUUACAAAAAGCUUGGACCGAUCCCUGCCAAAUCCGCCAUUCGACCCGAAGAACAUCUUGCACCAGCAGAUAGUCUUGUCAUGACUGCGGUAGGACAGUGGACGCACUUAUCCAUCACGUUACAACAACAUUCACGCCAAACGAACAUUUAUUUUGCACCUGUCCAAUUUACGCAUCAAGACAAUUACCAAUUAGAUACUCGGAUCGAGUACCGAUCAUAUUUCUGGGAAACGCCCACCAAACAUUACUAUCGCCCGUAUCGAUUCUUGUCAUCUAACAAGUUGAUUGUCAAGGCAUUGUUACAGACAGUGCCACCGGAACUGCCGCCGUGCACGGCAGCGGAAAUGGCUGGUGGUCACAGCCAAGGAGGAGUAGGAGAUGGGGGAGGCGCAUGGAUGGCCAAGGCGGAAUAUCAACGGACGUACCCGUUGGACUUUUAUGGCAUGUUUGGCGUUGCACAGGAAGAUCAUGCAGUGAACAAUCGACUGUAUGUGCCCAACAAUUGUCGUCCGCAGUAUGUCAGCCUGGGUCAGGCGGCUCAGUGUUUGGAAGGCAAAACUGUGCAUGUGUGGGCGGAUAACAAUGUGCGCAGAAACCUCAAGGUAUUCAGCAGUGGUAAUCGAUGGUGCAGUGAUCCAACCGACGUGGAUUGCAUCUGUAACGAUGACGACGAAGACCACGCCGAAUCUUACCCUUGGGCGCUCGAUCCCACCAUACCACUAGUGAUCAACGAAACCUGGCACGCCGACACGCGAUUCUAUUUCAAUCAAGUGGGGAGCAUUCUAUCGAAAGACUGGAAACAAGAAAUGAAGCGAGUGGCAGCAGCAACAACAACGACUGCUGCAGAUCUGGUGAUCGUUAGUUUCGGUAACGAUGACAUUGCGCUGCGACACAUGUCACCAGGACGUUUUGCAGAUGCAUUUACCGAUCUGCUAUCCUACCUAGUCCACCAAGUAUAUCCCGUGCAACGCAUCAUCGUUCGCACACCCCAACCUUUCUGCUGUGGAACAAUUUAUUCGACCUCAUGGAACGCCGGUCGCAGCGAAGCAUUUACGAAGGCUGUCAGAGAUGCUGUUGCCAAAUUCCCAAGCGUCAUGCUUUGGGAUGUUCAUCGGUUGGGUAUGCCGUCUCAUAUGUGUGUGGGUAUUGCAGGCACGCCAUACACAACGCGUAGUGUUUUGAAUGUAGAAAACCUGCAGUUGUGGAACUUAGUGUGUGCGCCAUAAUAUCAACAACAACAAUCCCCCAAUCAUACUACACCUUCUCAUCGUUAUACAUAUACUUACUACUAUCAUCCUUUAACACGCACUCUUCUCAACAAUUCAGUCAUUCUUUCUGUUCAUCAUUUCCUCCCAAAGAUCCAUUUACACAUUACAAAGUUCUCUUUUCUUUUUUAUCUAUAUACUGUAGACUCGCACCAAUCACAACAACAACUUCGUUUAUUAUAUCUGUACUCUUACCACCAGCAAAACAAAACAGGCUUUAUUAUUUUGCAGUACGUUUAAAAUUUUGGC